CUCCCUAUCACAAAGCUAGCGACAACUGGUAGCGACGGACGCGUUUAAUAUCGCUCGUGUUAUCCAAAUCAGAUCCCUCCGACGCCCUGUGGUUGAAAUGUAAAGACUUCUUUGAAAGGAUCAGUUAGAGCGGACAUUAAACAUUGUGUGAAUUUGGAUGAACUUUCGCCAUGAUUCGCUACACAUUAUUCGCUGUUAUGGUGGUCGUGUUUCUGUCAUAUGUUUCCGGGCAAGCCGACUUGGCAAACAGUUACACCCCGGACAAACAACCUCUGAAUGAGACGGCGUUGUUUGUGGCAGACGCUUUAUAUAAACACCCAGUUCUUUUCCGUAAACUUCUCAAGAUCAGCGCUGCUGCUCAGCCGUUGUUGAAGCUGGGGGGAAAUGACCCAAAAUCUGGCAUGUUUAUGAACUUUGUUCUGGAUAUGGUACCAGGACUGUUGCAGUCUCCGGAAACCGCUGGCAUCCUGGAAAUCCUGGCCGACGAGCUCCACCGAGUCAACAUCACUGAUGUGUAUGGCUUUCUCCAAGCUCAUAACAUGACCCAAGACAACCCACAGGCAAAGCAGAUGGUGAGCGGCGCCAUUUUGAAAAGAAUCGAUAAACUCCGAACUGUCCGGAGAAUCCUGACCGGCAAUUCUGCUCGUCAUUUUCUUCCCAUGACCAGCAACGACACCAUCACUGAUGUCUGCUACAACGACAUGAUGAACUUCAUGGACGCCAUGAUCAGCGCUCAAAUACCACCCAGAGACGCCCUCAACUACACCUUCAUUCCCUGGGCGCUGAACAUGUUCGACGCCUUCGGUAAACCUACCGGCGGAAUAACAAAGGGCUCUCUCUACUGGGUGGGGUCCUAUGACCUCUGUGUGUCCAUCAAGGCGGGACUGCCGGCGGGCGUCAUUCUGGGAAACAGGACACUCACGACCCCUAUCAAGUUCAAUGGAAAGUUCUGUAGAGCCCAGUUCAGACUUCCGGAUGCGCUGAUCAAAAGUUUCAAUGUGGAUACACGUGGCGUUGCUCUGAGCCUGUCCUGGGGAAUAUGCGUGCCGGAUUCAUGCCACAGCAAUGACAUCGCUCAGAUGUUUGACUUAGGAGUUAUGAAAGGAAGAGGUAUUGUUCCCCACACGGUCACCUGCUUCGAAGAAAGGGAUCUCACCAAGGAUACAUCGGGUCUCGUCGCCGCCAUUAUCUUGCUGGUGUUCGUUGCCGUCGUUGUGUGCUCCACCCUUGUGGAUGGAGUUGGCGACUGGAUUAAGGACAACAUCAAAACUGACAACGCUGAGAGCGACAACAGCUACGAACUGAGCAAAAUCAACGGCAACGUUAACGGUGGCUACGUGGCCGAUCCGGAUGAGGGUAGUAGCCAGAAUGUGAUGGAGAUAAAAUCGGCUGGGGAGCUCCCCCCUGCCUACACCCCCCACAAGAACGACAAGGGUGAACUGGGAGAGGAGUACCUCAAUGGCGGAGCCAGGAAGUUCAAGGACGUCGCUGAGGUCAAGAUCACCAAGCCGUCAAGAGCACAGGCGAAGCCAAGACAAUCAGUGUGUCAGCAGCUGAUCAAGGCCUUCUCUCUGUAUACAAACAUCCCCAAGAUCUUAAACGGGACGAAGAAUCCUAACGCCAUCCACUGCCUGCACGGCAUCAGGUUCUUCAGUAUCAUGUGGAUCAUCCUGGGCCACACCUACAACUACGGUAUCCUCUCCGUCCAAGACAACCCCACCACGGAGAACCUACUUGACGCUGACAAGCUGUUCAAGCGCUUUUCCUUCCAGGGCAUCCAAGCUGCCGGUUUCGCCGUGGACACAUUCUUCUUCCUAAGCGGUCUGCUGAUCUGCUUUCUGACCCUGAAGGAUGUGAAGAAGAGGCCCGUCAACUGUGGCUACGCUGGAAUGUUCUACUUCCACAGAUACUGGCGUCUGACGCCCGUCUACAUGAUCGUCAUGAUGACGUUCUCGUGUCUGUACCGUUACUUGGGGGAGGGGCCUCUGUGGCCGGCGGAGUUAGCGGCCGCGGACAACUGCAAGCAGGUCUGGUGGACCAACCUCCUCUACGUCAACAACCUCGUUCACGUCGACGACCAGUGCAUGGGGUGGUCGUGGUACCUGGCAGAUGACAUGCAGUUCUACAUCAUCUCCCCAUUCUUCAUCUUCCUCCUGCAUCGCAUCCCCGUCGUUGGUAUCCUGGCAACCGUCAUGAUGAUGUGUGCAGGCGUUGCCUCUUCCUUCGCGAAGGAAUACAAGUUCGGCGGAGACAUGUUCAGGAUGAAGGAGAAUCCCCACUACUGGGCGGACGUGUACAUCGUCCCCUGGACUCGCGUCGCCGCCUACUGCGUCGGCAUCCUCCUUGGCUACAUCAUGUUCAAGAGCAAGAAAGGGUCGCUGUCGAACACGAAAGCUCUGAUUGGCUGGAUUCUGACGUUCGCUGUUGGUUUGACGUUGUGCUACGUGACGUAUGACUACCGUGCGGAAGGCAAGGACCCAUGGCCGAGGUGGGGAACGUCAAUUUAUGAAUCGUUUGGGAGACCCCUGUGGGCGAUGUGUGUUGCCUGGAUCGUCUACGCUUGUCACAAUGGAAAAGGGGGCAUCAUCAACAACAUCCUGUCCUUCAGCGGCCUCAUCCCGCUGUCGAGGCUGACGUAUGCCGCUUACCUCCUCCACCCCGUAAUGAUGAUCAUCUAUGUCUUCGGCAAAAAGUCCCUCAUCUACAUCAGCGACUACGACAUCGCCUACCUGUACAUGGGUCACGUGGUCUGUACCUACCUGGCGGCGUUCUUCUUCUCCAGCAUUUUUGAAGCACCGUUCCUCACACUGGAGAAGAUCCUCUUCCGGCGAGGCGGCCAUUCAAGCUAAUAAUGCAUUUCAUUGGUCAAAUUACACCUGCCUUGGAAUUUCAACCAAGCAUAGAACGCGUACUGUAUGUGAAUUACGAUGACGAAUGACACUAUUUAUUUGAUAAUCGUCGCGUGGCAUAUUUUAAACUUGUAUCAUAACAUACAAAAAUCCCUGCAUAUUGUGAUAAACGAUAAUGGCCAGUCGAACCUAUGUUGUAGUUUGAAGUAACUGUAGAUUUCAAACAUGAGUACUUAGUUAUGUGUCACACUGACCCAGUUACAGAACAAGAAACAAAAACAAAGGUCAGUGUUUAGGGUUUGGGCCAUGUUGUUACACGUUGCGUAACUUGUGCACAUGAGUAUGACCCGUUUCUAUGUAUAGAUAUAGUGAUCUGAAGAAUUCUUCGUCGUUUUCUUUGCAUGUUUUUUUUAACAAUGUUUCUGUUUGUUUGUUUGUUUGUUUGUUUGUGUGAAACCCGAUAUUGUGGACAUCAACUGUUGGAAAAUAUCAAAUGCAUAUCCUGUACAAUUAUUCAUCGAAAGUUUAAUUAUUGCACAAUCGAAACCAAAAAAAUCUGCCUGACAAUGCUGAAUUUGAACCAUAUUUGACAAAAGAGGUUCUUUAACUUGAACAACCAGAGUUUAACCAUGAAGCGUUUAGGGAAGUUUUUAUUGAGUUGAACCAUGAAACGUUUAGGAAGGUUUUUUAUUGAGUUGAUUAAAAAUCAUAAAUAAUUUUGUUUUUAAUACAAAUAAGAGUAAUUUGCAACUAUUUCUUUGCAAAUCUUUUGGUUCAAUUAAAAUUAAAAUUCGAAAAUAUGUUUUUCAGAGGAUUAACAGAAAUGAUCGAGCCGGCUUCAAAAAGAAUUACGCGCGCGAUUUCGAUCCCCGUAUUACUAUUUUACGCAUGCUUCCAGCUAUUCUUAUAUGACACUCGGUUUAACAGCUGUCUGAAUGUCGCAGGCGAUGAAGACUAAUCGGUGAAAUGUGUUUUAUAAAAACAGGAUUUUAAAGCCAUCGGAAGGCACAUCAACAUGGAAAAUUCAUGUACAAUAGGAAUACCGACGAAAAUGGGGAAACUCCCACGUUCUUUCGCGAUUUAGCCACGAACAUUCUGCUCUAUUUGAGAUGUGAAUGGACACUUAUUUCCGCUUCAGACUCUUCCCGGGAAAAAAACUUGAGAAAAUCAUUUGUCCACUCAGGCCGUUUGUGGACGAUUUUAUCACGGUUCUUAAAAAAAAAUGAUAAUAAUAAUUGGGAUCUCUGUCAAUAAACGUUGUCGUGCGCAUCUGCCACUUUAAUUUCGGAUCCCCUUCAUGUCAGCCCGCUUUUGCUCUCGUUUGCAUUGUCGCGUAUACACGGUAAUCCUUGGUGCCGAACCCUUAAACCACACGUUGUGCGUGUUUUGUAGAAGCAACAAACCUUCCAAAGACGCCAGUUGGCAGAAUGUUCGGAUCCUCCUUGCCUUGCCUUUUAGUCAGUACUUUCGUCGUCCAUCUCGUAAGCUUGUACAUUAAUUCGGAUUUUCUAAGGCAUCCGAACUUUUAGACCUCGUAGGCAAGCUUUCCGUCGACCGAUAACUAGGAUCCGAAGUUAAAAAAUUUGACCACCACAAGGUAGUUCGAUCCGAUCAAUGAAACCUUUGACACAACCAAACCUAGAGAUCCGAUCUUAAGGACAUUUUGCGCCCAGUUUUACAGUUUAAGUUUCCCCUUCUUUCUUUCAGUAAAGUGUGAAAAAUUAUUAUAACGAAAAAGGACAAAGAACACAAAAUAAAUUAUAGGUUUUGUUGUUAGUUUUGGUGAGGGAGUUUGUUUUGUUUGUUUGUUUGUUUGUUUAUUAAACUGACAGUGGGUAGGGUUUAACGCCGCUUUGAACAGUAUUUCAGUUAAAUAACGUCGUAGUUACACUAACAUACAUAAUACAACUCUAAAAACACAGAAGAACAUUUGAAACUGGUAGCUUUCAUGACGCAAAUCUGCAGGGUAUAUUGAUUUGUAAUCAUUUAAUAUAUGCUGUAGUUUGCAAGCCAACCACGGUUACGCGUGAUGGGAGGUGAGAGCAAAAAAUGAACUUGAUUUAGAUGUUUACAAUAUAUCUGAAAGUCACUUUAAGUACUGUUAUAGUAUUAUAGAUUUACUGUUAUAUGUUGUAUGUACAUGUGUCGUACUCGCUGUGAUAUUUGAUUCACCCUUGUGCAUGUGACGUCGUGUUAUCGAUCUCUAUAUUUCAAAAAUAGGGAUAUUAUAUUUCAAAAUUUGAUAUAUUUAUAUACAAAUGUGAUAUUUUUUACUUCUGUAAAUAAUAGUUUUGAGGGGUUUCAAUAAUAAUCUGUACAAUAAAACAUGUCUUUAUUCUUCAAAGUAUUAAUUGUUGUACAUGCAAUUCGAUGUAAGUAUUGAUUAUGUCCGGAUGUAAACCUAACAAAAAACACGCUUGUGUUCAUGGAAAACUUCACCACUGAUUAGGAAAACAUUUUGCUUUUAGUGCUUCAGAAUUUAUUAAUGAUAUAUUAAACAUAAAAUAUCAUUGUUGUGAUUCUUUGUAUAUAGAAAUGUGUUUUCUUAUGUUUUGACCCUUUGCACAAAGCGAACUUACAGCUGUUGCAUGUACAUGUAAAAAGUAUCAGGAGAUACUGAAGUCGCUUUGUGCAAAUGAAACAUGCUUAUUCCCAUCUUCAAUUAACUAAUAAAAAACCCGAAGAUAAA